AUGGGGCGCAAGAAGAUCCAAAUCACUCGCAUCAUGGACGAGCGCAACAGGCAGGUUACAUUCACCAAGAGGAAGUUUGGCCUGAUGAAGAAGGCCUACGAGCUGAGCGUGUUGUGCGACUGUGAGAUUGCCCUCAUCAUCUUCAACAGCUCCAACAAGCUCUUCCAGUACGCCAGCACCGACAUGGACAAAGUACUGCUCAAGUACACGGAGUACAACGAGCCGCACGAGAGCCGCACCAACUCCGACAUUGUGGAGAAAUUACGAAACAAGGGCCACCACGAGUGUCCUAGCCCUGAGGCCGACGACCCAUUCGCGGACGAUCACUUGGACUCAGACUUACUCUACAAGCGCUGCGCCGCGCUAAACAAGAAGGAGCAUAGAGGCUGCGAUAGCCCCGAGCCCGACGCCUCCUAUGUGCUCACGCCGCACACUGAAGAAAAGUAUAAACAAAUAAAUGAGGACUUUGAUAAUAUGAUGCGCAGUCAUAAAAGUCCUGGCGGUCUUCCCCAGCAGAACUUCUCCAUGCAUGUGGCCGUUCCCGUGUCCAACCCGGGAUCCAUGUACUCUCCAGGGGCCUCGGACAGCGCCAUGCUCAGCCAAGGCUCCGCUGGUUCUCUGCACCGCGGCCUGGGCCCCAGUGCAGGCCCCCAGAGGCACCACGGCACAGGAAAUGGCUUUGUGAACCCCAGAAGCUCCCCGGGGCUGCUGUGCACGGCUCAAGGAAACGGCCUGGGACAGAAGGGAGUCCACGCCAAGUCGCCUCCGCCGCCUCAAGCGCAAAGCCUGGCCCUGGGGAGAAGCAGGCCCGAGCUCAGGGUGCUCAUCCCCCCGGCCGGAAAAGGGCCGGGGCCUCCUCUGAACACGCAGAGGUCCAGCAGCUCGGCCCUGUCCCAGUCCCAGUCCCAGUCUCUGGCCACCCCUGUGGUGUCUGUGAGUACACCCAGCCUCCCCGCCCAGGGCCUGCUCUACUCAGGCAUGCCCAACUCCUACAACCCCACCGACUUCUCCCUCAUCCCUGACCCCUCAUAUGUGUCCUUCACAGACUACUCCCUCAGCAGUGCUGACCUGUCCUCCCUCCAGGGCUUCGGCUCCCCAGGGCUGUCACUGAGCUCCGUGUCGGCAUGGCAACAGCAUCCUCUGGGCCAGGCGGCACUCAGCUCUCUCGUUGGCGGGGGUCACUUACCUCAGCCCUCUAACCUGUCGGUCAACACCAGCCAGGGCGUGUGCAUCAAGUCAGAGCCGGUGUCUCCACCACGAGAGCACCACACCCCAAACUCCGGAUUUGCCCUUCAACAGCACCACCAGCCCCACGCUCGCAGGCACCAGGAGGUGGGGCCACUGGGACGCUCUCCGGCAGACAGCCUGAGCUCCUCCUGCAGCUCGUACGACGGCAGCGACCGUGAGAGCCCGUCCGUCAAGAGGCUGCGCAUAGACGCCUGGGUGACCUAA